AUUCAAAAGCACACGGAAUUCAGCUGCAAACAUUGUCAUCAACAGAGCUUCGUUCUGUCCUCGUUUUUGCCUCCCGCUAAGGUUUGGCCUUAAAUAUCUUCUCCGUCGUCUCGCUCUCUUUCUUUGCCGGCACUACGUGGACAGUUAACGCGCAGCUGAUGAGCAUCUUUCUUUUAAUCUAAGGAACGGAAGCAUUUGAGCUAACGCGAGAUCAGCGUUACCACAGCAACAGAUUCACUGCUUCUGUUUACGUGCGACGGAGGUCAGUCGGCCUGAAACAAAGGCCCAGUACAUCCGCACGACGUCGCGUUUCAUCACCGAGGAACAAGCGCUGGAAAUUACUCUUUAAUUCCAGAGGACAAGCACCAAAAUCAACACAUAUGUGAAUUGUGCUCAUAAUGAUGAUGAGCAGAAUCUGGUGGCCUUCUGAUCUCAAGGGGAGAUUCUCUACUGUUGCUCUUGAUCAAUCAAAGCAGGAGAGGAGUUUCUAGUGUGAUAGAGACGAAUUCACCAAAGAUCACGUUAAAUGACCUCUGGAACAAACAGUGUUCUGUUAAAGGUAAAACGAACUUUAACUAGUAAAUCACGAAAGCUCGAGAGAUUAACCACGAGUCUGACAACAAAGAAAGCUUCAGUGCUCCACAAACAUAAUAAUCUCCUCACUAACACACCUCAGACAAUCGCAGAAAGACAUGGAAGAGGAAAGAACUCACCUCUCCUCAGAAUGUGGGUUGAGUGUUUUUCAGCAGAGUGGUCAACAACAUCAGCACAUUCACACAGGAGAGAAGCUAUAUCACUGCUCAGAGUGUGGAAAGAGCUUUACUGUACAGAAUUAUCUCAGACAACACCAGCACAUCCACAGAGGAGAGAAGCCACAUCACUGCUCAGAGUGUGGAAAGAGUUUUACUGUACGGAGUGCUCUCCAGAAACACCAGCGUACUCACACAGGAGAGAAGCCGUAUCUCUGUACAGAAUGUGGAAAGAGCUUUAGUCAACUGUCUCAUCUCCAGAAACACCAGCGCAUUCACACAGGAGAGAAGCCAUAUUGCUGCUCAGAGUGUGGAAGGAGUUUCACUCACCAAAGUGGUCUGCAACAUCAUCAGCGCAUUCACACAGGAGAGAAGCCAUAUCACUGCUCAGAGUGUGGAAGGCGUUUUACUCACCAGAGUAAUCUCCGUAAACACCAGCGCAUACACACAGGGGAGACGCCAUAUAGCUGCUCAGUUUGUGGGAGUAGUUUUACUGUACCGAGUGCUCUCCAAAAACACCAGCGCAUUCAUACAGGAGAGAAGCCACAUGUCUGCUCAGAGUGUGGAAAGAGUUUUACUCAACUGUGUAAUCUCCAACAACACCAGCGCAUUCACACAGGAGAGAAACCAUAUGUCUGCUCAGAGUGUGGAAAGAAUUUUACUCAACUCUCUCAUCUCCGUAUACACCAGUGCGUUCACACAGGAGAGAAGCCGUAUCACUGCUCAGAGUGUGGAAAGAGUUUUACUCAACUGCGUUAUCUCCAUAAACACCAGCAAACUCACACAGGAGAGAAGCCAUAUCACUGCACAGAAUGUGGAAAGAAUUUUACUCAACUGUCUCAUCUCCAGAAACACCAGCGCAUUCACACAGGAGAGAAGCCAUAUCACUGUUCAGAGUGUGGAAGAAGUUUCACUCAGCAGAGUGGUCUCCAACAACACCAGCGCAUUCACACAGGAGAAAAGCCAUAUCGCUGCUCAGAGUGUGGGAAGAGUUUCACUCACCAGAGUAAUCUCAAACAACACCAGCGCAUUCACACGGGAGAAAAGCCAUAUCACUGCUCAGAGUGUGGAAAGAGUUUCACUCACCAGAGUAGUCUCCAACAUCAUCAACGCAUUCACACAGGAGAGAAGACAUAUUGCUGCUCAGAGUGUGGAAAGAGUUUCACUCACCAGAGUGGUUUCCAACAACAUCAGCGCAUUCACACAGGAGAGAAGCCAUAUCACUGCUCAGUGUGUGGUAAGAGUUUUAUUCAACAGAGUAGUCUCAAACAGCAUCAGCGCAUUCACACAGGAGAAAAACCAUAUCACUGCUCAGUGUGUGGAAGGAGUUUCUCUCACCGGAGUAGUCUCCAACAACAUCAGCGCCUUCACACAGGAGAGAAGCCAUAUCACUGCUCGGUGUGUGGGAAGAAUUUUAUUCAGCAGAGUAGUCUCUGUUAUCAUCGGCGCAUUCACUUAGGACAGUAGCUGUUUCACUCUCAGUGUGAGUUUUACUGUACAGAGUCAUCUUCAACAUCACUGCAUUCACAGGACAGAAGGAAUAUCCAGGGUUCCCUACACACAUCAACAUCUGGCUGCUUGUCAUCAUAACGUCAUAGGUGGGAUUGAGCCAACUGAAUCCCAUACUGGAUCUCAAAAGCACCAGUGGAGGCUAGUGAUAGUUGGGCUUCGCUAAUUCCUACAUUGUUUGGACUUGGCAGUCCUUGAAGACUCCCUCACAGCAGACUCCCUCGCAACUUCUGUGCCGUCGUGUGUCACUGUGUCACACGUUGUGUGUCGUGUGUUCUGUGUCACUGCCAGAGACUCAAAAGACUGAAGUGCUGUGUCUUCUCCAUGUGGUGAGCAGGCACCAUUCAUUCAGAGCAAAUGACGACAUGGGUAGUAGUGGCUUGGUUACUAAGUUCAGAUAUGCAAAGUCAUUCACCUGU